AUGUGCGAUAGCUCUCCUUUACCUCUCUUCUUACCUGCUGCUAAAGCAUUUUUGCUAAUAUGUACUCUAGAUGCGUCCCGUUUUCUCUCACAGUCACAGUCCCGAAUAGCACCCGGAGACAGCUCUCCCCCACGGGAAUUUGGGGAUCGAAGUCGGAGGCCUGAUCGACAGACCACCCGCCCACCUCCGUCACGGCCUUAUCUGCAGCGGGCGCUUGGGAAUCCUUAUUCCUCGACAGCUUCUCAGACUUUUGCAUUCUCACCGCGGUCAUCCGUGCAUCACGCACCACUCUUUCACAGCAAUAACGAGCACCUUCCCGAGGAAGAUGACGAGCGAGAUGCUGCUGAUUUUUAUGCCCUGCAGAGAUCAAGGCGGCAUUUUGGCGCAAGCAGGCUAGCAGAGUCAUCUGAAGGGGACGAAGGAGAGGACAGUAAACACUCGGAACACAGUACAGGCCAGGAAGAUGAAUAUAGUAGAGGAACAGGGAUACGAAGCUCGUGGCGUGGGAAGGCAUCUGUUAUCGGGCCGGCAGGAAAAACAGCUACCAAGUCACUGGAAGAACAGCCGGAAGAAAACGAGGAAGAUGUGUCCGAAGGGACCCCCAGCUCCGGGAAGGGUAGAAUGGUCGAGGUUCGACUAGAGGACUCGGUAAAGACAGACGCCGUGAACGUUGAUUAUGACGACGAUGACCCGCCUCCAGAAUUCACUGCUGGUGGACCACCGAUACGCCAAUUCCAAAAUCAGUCAAGUCACCUGGGUGAUGAUGAUGAUGAGUUCCAGACCAGUGCUGGAUUUAUAGACCGAGAGUCCGACAAGCAGGCCUUGUUAAACAACACUAGACCACCGAGCUCUAUUGCCUCUGAGAUGCCUACUACGUCGAUGGCCCGUGGAGACCCUGAACCUCCAAUGCAUGACAUGUUUUGGGGGCAUAUGUUCUUACUUUGCUUGAGUGGCCUAUUCGCUACCUCGUUCAUUGUAUAUCUUCACACUACAGCACCCACUAAACUCCCGCUACUCGGAGACACCAUCUAUGCCACUCUACACUCUUCUUUCGGCCUCCUAGGCACAUAUACCGUCAUCUCAAUAUUUGUGGCCCUGCUCUGGCUAGCGCUGUUGCGGUCCUAUGUUCGGCCUCUGGUUUUUACCAUGCUAAUUGCGGUCCCAGUCAUCCUUAUUUCCUUCUCAUUAUACCCUUUCAUUUCUAGUUUCAAAGGCACCUGGCAUGGAUCUAGUAUCCAGGAUAAGGUGAUGCGCUGGGGGUCAAUAGUGCCUGCGGUCAUGGCUGCAACCUGGAUCUACUCCGUUGUCAAGGGCAGACAUGCAACCGGCAAGGCAAUUGAUAUCCUAGAGUUCUCAUGUCGUAUAUUAGCCGCGAACCCGGCACUGCUUCUCCUAGGAUUCGCCACGAUAGCCCUCAUUGCGCUCUGGAGUUGGGCAUGGAUACUCAUGUUCACUCGCGUCUUCCUCGGCGGGCAUCUCGCAUCUGGAGGCAAAAGAUUCUUCAUCAUCGAUAUCGGUACAUGGUGGCUAGGCGUCUACUUUAUUCUCGUUUACCUCUGGUCGCUCGGCGUUAUCGCAGGCAUCCAACGGACUACCACUGCUGCCGUCGUUAGCCAGUGGUAUUUCCACCGCAAUGCCACACCUGCGCCUACAUCUCACGACGUAAUUCGUGCUGCCUUCACUCAUGCCCUUACUACUCUAUUUGGAACGAUAUGCCUUUCAACAUUGCUGUCCCUUCUUGUCCGCAUUCCUUUAAUCGUCCUCCCGCGCCGUAUAUCAUCUAUGAUCUCACUAGCUGCCUACUCUUGUGUACCCACGCCAAUUGCCGCUCUCACCAACCCUCUCACGUUGACAUAUGCCGCCAUUCACUCCCAGCCUCUAGUCGCUUCAGCGCGCAGCCUCAACCAGAUGGUCUUCCUAGCCCCCUCAGCCGCAACGGCCAUGACAUUCCAUCCACGAACAUUCUCCGACGCAAGUCGUACAGACUAUUACUCUUCCACUUUAAUGCCAUACCGUCUGGCCAAGAUGCUUCUACACGCUACCCGGUUCAUGAUGUCUCUUGCCCUUGGUUUCGGGGGCUGGGUAUCUACUGCCCGUAGUCUGCAGGUCUCUGGUGCAGAUGGUAGCAAGGGUUCUACCAUGCGUGGCAGCUUGUACGCCUACAUUGUUGGUUUGAUCGCGGGAACGAUUGGAUGGGGCGUUCUAUCUGCCAUGGAAGGAGUGCUUGCCGGCGUCGUCGAUGCCGCUGUCGUUUGCUGGGCGAGUGAAGUCGGCAGUGUACGACGAGAGGCCCGCUACUGCCGUGAGGCGGGACAUCUAUUUGGCGGCGGCAGUGCGGACCGCAUGGAUAUAGAGGACAGGUCACCGCGGUUUGACUAA